AUGAGGAGGCUACCUCUCUCCUCGCUGACAUUACCCCCUACUACCGCAUCGUCGAGCCGGCGCGUGCGCCUGUCGCUACCCCUCCGAGUAUCGUUCUCGCAGUCGUUCCCACGGUCACGAUUUGAUGCUGCAUCGGAGCCGCCUCCCAUUGAGAAGGGCACCGAAACCCCUCCCCUCACAGACUCGUGCCCGCGACUGCCCUUCCGAUUUGAGACCGGCUUCGCGCUCUUUGCCAAGCGGACCCCGCGGCCGUUUCCUCCUCCGUUCCUGAGUCCGCCCAGCGGCUCGUUUAGCGAUCCUCUGAGUACACAUCACCAAAGCAGAGACAAGCGCGUGUUUGUGGAAGGUGAGCUUAUCAGAGGUUGGACAAAUGGCGACGAUGCUAUAUACGCAAGCGACCACUUCAUUUGCGCCAACGAUGGCGUUGGGGCCUGGUCCAUGAGACCAAAAGGUCAUGCAGGGCUAUGGUCGCGCUUGAUUCUGCAUUUCUGGGUUGCAGCUAUGCAGGAAGACAUUACAAAGCCCAGACCACCAGACCAACCGUAUUGUCCUGAUCCUGUCAAGUACCUUCAGACUGCUUAUGAACGGACGCUGGAUGCUACUUCGGGGCCAAGCAAUUGUCAGGGUACCACGACGGCAGCAGGCGCACAACUCUUCUACAAAGGCGACGCCAAUAGCGCCGAGGCAUCAGUGCCUCUGUUGUACGCGACGAAUUUGGGCGAUGGUCAAAUCAUGGUUGUCCGUCCGGCAGACCAGGAAAUAGUCUACAAGUCGACGGAACAGUGGCAUUGGUUUGAUUGCCCGCGUCAACUGGGCACGAACAGCCCCGAUACCCCAAUGCAGAACGCGGUAGUUGACCUUGUUGAGCUUGAAGAGGGUGAUGUGGUCCUGGCCAUGUCCGACGGCGUCAUUGACAACCUCUGGGAACAUGAGAUUGUAGAGAAUGUAUCGCGCAGUGUCCGAAGAUGGGAAAAUGGCGAAGGGGGUAGUGCUGAUGGCGCUAGAUAUGGUGGUGCCAAUGGCGGCAUGACGUUUGUGGCCGAGGAACUCAUGACGGCGGCCAAAACUGUUGCAAUUGAUCCUUUUGCCGAAAGUCCAUUCAUGGAACAUGCCAUCGAGGAGGGGUUGGCCAGUGAAGGAGGCAAGCUGGAUGAUAUUAGUGUAGUUGCUGCGCUUUGCCGACGCAACAACUGA